AUGCGAGGCCGAAGCAGACGCAAAGCUAUGAAAAAGAUAUACAUUGGCAAAACAGCCCUCAAAAGCCAGAGAAAUGCUUGCAAACAUCAAAAAAGAAGCUCUUUUCACGACCACAAAGAGGACCUCCGCAAGCGGCUGUCGUACACCACGCACAAGCUAGAGAUGGUGGAGAGCGAGUUCGACUCCACCCGCCAGUACCUGGAGACGGAACUGCGGCGGGCGCAGGAGGAGCUGGAGAAGUUUACGGAAAAGCUGCGCAGGAUCCAAAGCAGCUAUGCGGCUCUGCAAAGGAUCAACCAGGAUUUGGAGGACAAGAUGCACAGGACGUCUCAGCACCACGAAGAGGAGAAAAGAGCCCUGAGCCGUGAGAUUAUUGUCCUCAACAACCACCUCAUGGAGGCCAAGCUCACCAUAAAUAAACUCAAAGAGGACAAUAACCUAUACAGGAAAGACUGCAACCUGGCUGCCCAGCUGCUGCAGUGCUCAAAGUCUCAUUACAGAGCUCACAAGAUGUCUGAGCUCCCGCUGGACUUCCAGGAACGCAUCAGUUCCCACAUCGAGAAACACAAUCAGGGUAGUGAGGCCACCAUGGCAAUGUGCCACUCCAAUUACUCUGAUGCUGUUCCCACAGCCAUCAUUGCCAAGAUCUUGGAAAAACCAGAACCGGGAAACGGUUCCCCCGCGACUCGUUCCCCAAGUCCACACAUGCAGGAUGGAGACUCCAUGGCGGGAGCAGGUAGUAAUGAUCACUUCAAUCGCCGUGUUGCCUACAAGACUUCAGACUUGUACUGUAGCGACACGGCCCUCUACUGCCCUGAACGCUGGCAGGAAACAGACCGCAGGCAAAGCAUCGACCUCCACGGCACCACUUUGCUCCAGCUUCAUGCCCAGAACUCCACAGAUAGCAACGCGGACGAGGAGGCCUACCACUCAGGCAGCUUCUCCCAUCACGAGCCGCCAUCAUCCUUCCGCCACCAUGAAGAGUUCAGCGCCGGAAGCCUUCCCGCCUCCAGUUCCUACUCCAGUUUUAGCCUUGCUUCAGAUGACAAGGGCGGCAUAAUGGCCAGUGGGGUACGCACUGCCAGUAGCACUUUAUCCACUUCACACCAGGGUUUGUAUAUGGACUGGCGGGACAGUGGCAGCGGAGACUAUGAACGCAAAAGUGUGUCUUCCUACGAUAAAGACGGCUCAGGUUUCCCUAAGUCCAACAGCACUCAGCACAUUGGUGCUGCAAGGAGCCCGCAGAAGGGCACCUCGCCAGCAUACACAAGGACAGCCUCUUGCUUCAGUGAACCGUACCAUGCCAGCACCCCUCGCCUGGCUUCCUCUCACAGCAUGGGAUCUACAACCGGAUUAGGCCAGGUGCAGAGUACACCUCUGGAAAGCAGGGCUGAUAUCCACGCCCAGGAGGAUGAGCUGAGCAGCCAGUGGAAACAGCUGAGUGUGGAAGAUGUUAAUACCUUUUCGUCUUCCUAUCAUAACGUGACGGGACGGGUCUCCCCGUACAGUUUUUCAGAGUGCCACUACGCCAUGGGUCCAUCAAGUAAGACCAAAGGAUCUAUUUAUAGCAGCUUCCAAGAGGGGGACGACGUCUUCCACAGCCACAUGCUGGACCAGUGCUUCGCACUGGGUUCCCCUUCACCCAGUCGCAGCCCGAAACUUCCGCCUGCGGAGCUCCGCAAACCGAAAAAGAACUCUGCGACCUAUCGAGCCAAGGACGGCAAUCCAGACGGCUCGUUGCCCUCAGGAAGCUCGAAAGAGAAGGAGCGUGCCAAGAAGGAGUACGUAAAUCUGAGCGCCGGAAGCUCGGCUGAGUCCUUACACCAAAGCUCUUUAGAAGCAUCAAGUCUUCAGCAUUACCCGAGCCCCAGGCCUAGUGUCCGGCCUCGCCCCAGCUCCAGCUCUGCCCUCAGCGCCGUCGGUCCGGCGCUACCUAAGAAAACCUCUCCAAGAUACCAAAAAUUUGGCAGCACCGGGCUGACACGGAAGGACAGUCUGACCAAGGCACAGCUCUACGGUACGCUGCUGAACUGA